AUGGCUCGACUCUUUGUCGUUGGUUGCGCUUUGGCAGGUUCGGGUUUUCGACAUUUUCUUGUUUUUUUCUUGUUUUUCGCUUUAUUGUUGUACUAGGGUACUGUAGAGAGGAUAUCGUUUUCACAUUAUUUUAAGGACCAGACUUUUAGGGCUUCAUCGAGGUUCAGGCUGAGGACAGUUUUUUUUUUGGCUUAAUCCGAACAUCUUCCGCAUUUUUUGGCUAGAUAUUCACUCUAGAAUUUUCUGAAAAUGUGCUCAUUUGUCAUUUUUUUCAAAAAUAUGCCCUUUUUAGGAAGUUUUCAUUAGCAUAGCCUAGAAAAAUCGAUCUGAACUAAAAUUUAAAAUUCCUCCGUUUUUCGAUGGAUUCACCGCUAGCUUGUCUGAAGGUUACUGUAGCUGUCUCUUUACUGUCUCGAAAAAAGGUUACUGUAGCUGUCUCUUUACUGUCUCGAAAAAAGGUUACUGUAGCUGUCUCUUUACUGUCUCGUCUUCUAGAUUUUUAACUGAUUUUGAAGUCUUACACAGUAGUGAAUCGACUAUAGCGAAAAUCAGGAGAAUCGCAUUUUUUCCGGUCUUCAAACCAUAUUUUCAUAGCACCUGAACUUUCAUAUUUUACCUGUACCUCGUCUUCAGCGGUGGCGCUCUGCGAAUCCAAGUCCGGCGAUGAGACGCCCCAAUACUGGCGCGCCAUCCUCGGCGACAUCUGCCAGCUUCCGUCGUUCCCCCGCGCCACCGGCGACCCGAACCGAUACGUCGAGUGUGUCCGACAGAGCUCAUUUGCUGCUGAUCGGUUCGUUUCUUUUUCCUGAUUUUUCUUUUUGAGUUAGUUUUAAGGUAUUUGGUAUCCUUCAGAUAGUCUUCAGGUCGUUCUAGAAAUUUUAGUUGGUCUUUGAUGGCUUCUGAGGCUUUUUUAGUGAGUCUAGAAGUGCUCAAUUUUGGCUUCAUUCGAUUCUUCAAGUUUCUAAUGUAAUUAUUUUUAGUCUAGAACACAUUUUUCUAUACCUUUUUACUCAAGAAAUCGGAGUUUUUAGGGUGUUUUAUGAAUAUUUCGAGGUCAGAUACAUUCAGAAUUCAAUUUGAAGCUUAUUGAAAAAUAUUCGAUUUUUCUGAGUGUUUCUGAGGCUUCUUGUAGAUCAAACCAUAUUUUCUGAUUCAACCGAAAAGUUGCAUUUUCCAAGCCCAACCUAAGCCUCUCCCUCAUCAGCAAAUAUGACAACGCGAGAAAAAACAUUUGUCACAAAUAGAGUGAGGCAAUCGGCUUAGGAACAUUAGCCGCGAAGAAGCCGACCGGUCCCCGGAAACAUUUUUUUUUUCCCCGGUGGCCGCCGCUGGACCGUUUCAAGCUGAUUAGCUUCUCUCUCUCUCUCUCUCUCUCUCACUUUUCGGCGACUCACGCUUUUUGGGCUUGAAGGAGCGGCGUGAAGACGGUCCACUCGAAGGAGUCUAUCAAUAUUUAUCCCAGAAGAUAUUUUGGCUUAUUUUUGGAUUUGAUAGGAAUUUUGGAGCUUUCUGCUGAUCUGAGCUGAGUCUCAGUAUGACUGAGCUUCAAAGUUCUCCCUGAGGCAGGCUUUUAGUAACCCUAGACUCUUAAGAUGAGCCGUCUGAGGUAGUUCAAGCUCUCCAUUUUCGAUAUUUUCGAUUCGAAAAAAGUAGAUUUUAGCUUCUCAAAUUGAGCAAAAUGCAAGUCUCAGCCUCAAAAUGUUUCCUAGAACUUCGAGCUGUUCAUUUUUUGAACCUUCAAGGUUUUUCGAGCUUUAGAUCAGUUCCCAGUUAAGAUUCACUUCCCGAAACCCAAAAACAAUCAGCCCAGUUUAAAACUGCCUAAACUUGUCCCAGACAGGCUUUUCUUGUCAUUUCCAAAAGCGGAAGAAACGGCCUUUUUUGAGACGACGGAUCGAGUAACAGCCGUCUUUUGUCCAGCCAUUUUUCAAAGCAAACCGUCGGUCUUUUCAACCGUUUUUCGCUUUCUGGAUCUUUUGGUUUCCGGAGAGCAAUGUCUGUCUCGAGAAUUUUGAAGCAAUAGUUCAUUCUGAUGGCCUAAGUGACGUCAUCGUCUUGAAAAAUAUCAAAAAAUGACGUCAUUUACCAUCAAAUAAGUUUCCCUUUGAUUUUUGAGAAUUUUGUUCAUUCUGAUGGCCUAAGUGACGUCACCGACUUGAAAAAUAUCAAUAAAACGACGUCAUUUACCACCUAAUAGUUUUCCACAAAGAUUAUUUAUCAAGCUUCUCAAAAUUGAUAUGAAGUUUCAUUUCCACUUCAGACUUCAAUCUGACGUCAUCUUACCUGAAAAGCUUAUAAUGACGUCAUUUUUCUAAGAAUCUCACCUGAAAAUCCAAGUGACAUCACUAUCUUCUUUCUCAAGCCAAAAACAAUAAAACGCGCAAAAAAAAAGUCUGCCGCCGACAACAGAGUUCACAAACCAUGAGCGGGACGGCCUCCUUGACCAAAUAUUUGUGUGUUUGGCGAUUGAAACGGUGUGCAUUCGCGCCUAGCCGCUUCCGCCCCUCUUUUUUCCUCUAAGAACACCUAGGCAGAUUCUAGUUCUCAGAUGAAUGGAGUAUCCGGAAAUCGCCGACACGAGAAGAAUGUAUCGAGCACUUGAAGAAAAAAAAAGUCUUUUUUUGAAAAUUUCCUUGAGCAGGGCUUAAAAUUCAUUCUCAAAGAGAUUACACUUAAGUGACCACUAGAAUUUGCAGCAAGGACCUCGGAAUCUGGCUUCUCCGCGAGUGUCUCCCCGGCUACGAGUUCGUCGCCUCGGCCCGCCGCUGCAAGACCGUCCGAUCGGUGAAACGGCAGCAGGAGCUCUGCGAGUCCUCCAACGCCACCGACUACAACUUCUGCCCACAGCAGUCGGCCACCCAGUUCCUCGUCGAAGAGAUCCGCGAGGCUCCCCGUCAGUGCGCCUGCCCCAACGGCGAGCUCAACUGCGUCUGCCCAAGCCCCGAAAUCCUCGAGCCGGUCAGCGCCCCGGUCAACUCGCCAAAGGUCCGCCGCUCGCCUCAGUCCACCAUCGCUGUGAGUUUCUCUUCGAUGCGUAAUGUGAGCAAUACUGAGAUGUUAUGAGCCUUGAAAUGUAUCAUUAGCAUCUAUCGAAAAAAGGGGUUAUCACUAGCAGCGCCCAAAAAAGCUGGAAGUCAUUAGCUCCCAAAAACAUUAAAUUUUUCAGCGCGUCCAAUUCUCGCAGUACCCAGCUUGCCCAUGCCCCCAGCAGCAGCCAGCCUGCACCUGCGUCACCAACAACCAGCAGAACGAACCCGUCAGUCCUCGAUUCCAAGCUCCUCCAGCUCAUUUUCCGACUUUAGGUGCUUGUCUCCCUCCAGUGCUGCCCACAGCAGCAACAGCAGCAGCCAGCCGCCACUCAGCCACCACAGCAGCAACAGCCGUGCCAGUGCACCCAGCAGCAGGCUCAGGCUGUUAGUUCCCAAAAAAAAGAGCUGGGCCAACUUUCAUGAGCUUCCAGAACUGCCAGACGACCACCACCCAGCAGCAGUACUGCCCCCAGCAGCAGGACGCCGUCGUUCAGCCACAGGCCUGCCCACUCGGUAGCUUUUCGAUUUCUGGACUAGAUCAGAGAGAAGCUCGAAUUGAAUAAGACACCUCUCUUUGCAGUCCAAGGAAGCGGCGUCCAGAAUGCUCAGUACCAAGGCAUCUGCUCGUGGAUGGUCGACCCGCUCGCCGUUGAUCCCCAGUCCAAGACCCACUACCUCCAGUGCCAGCCAGCCCCCAACAACCUCUUCUGCGGCCGAUGGCAACGAAUGCCGUGCGCUCCAGCCACCGUCUUCGACGUCAACGCUCAGGUCUGCAAAGCUCUUGCUCAUCCUGGAUGAGCUCUCGGACUUCAGGUCUGCGUCUGGGACACCACCGGAACCCCCGGCUCCCUCCCAACCCCGGCCCCAUACGUCGCCACUCAGGCUCCACAGAACACCCAGUGCGGCUGCACCGGCGGAGUUCAGAUCGGUUCCUGCAACCAGAACUACCAGUGCCCCGGACAGUCGGUCUGCCAGGUCGGCCAGACCAAUGGACAGCAGGUAAAAGAUAUGGUCUACAGUAUGACCUCUCUGGUCUCUCUCUGUCUCUCAUCGUUUGAAAAUCCGCAAGAUACUUUUAGUCAUAUUAGGGGUGACGUCAUCGAGCCAUUCCAAGUGCGGUCAUCAUUCUAGAAAGAUGACUCCUAUAAAUUCAGAGAAAAGUUUCAAAAGAUUCAAGAAGUCACUCAAGGGUUCGGGGGUUUUUCGCCUGCCUAGAAUACAUUGGAACGACCUUCUAUCAAUUUUUGAGACAGUUCUAGCCGUUCCUGAGCACUGAAGGGACCACUUGAACCUUCCUCAAUACUCUAUAUCCUCAUUUUCCGAAAGAAACCCCUAAAAUCAAAUUUUUCAGUGCAUGGUCUGCUGCUACUUCCGCAAGAAGGCCCACCGCGCCUAA